AUGGCCAUCGGCGUUGUCGCUGCUGGUUUCGGCGCAAUGACCAUGCUGGCCAAACAACCACCGCAGGGAAAUCUCCCCGAAAUCGUCGACUUUCCCUACGACGUCCUCGGCGUGACGGUUACUACAUCGCCUGAUGACAUUGGGCGCUGCUACGACUACCAGAAAGAUGUCAUCGAGGACGAGAAGAAUAAUGGGGUGUGGUCCUACUUGGAAGCCGAACAGAGACUCGAACGGCUUGGGAACUCUUACGACCUUCUAAACGAUGACCUCAAGAGAUGCCAGCUGCACAGGGUGGAGGGCGUCCCGGACUGGUACGGCACUCCCGUGUUUUGCGCGGGAGAGACUGUCGUGGACUCACUAGAGCCCGCCAAGGACUUGGUCGAGCGGUGGAACGUUUGGGACGGCACCAUCGACGAAGAGCAACCCAAACCACGCCGUCCGACUCGCCCGCGCGACCCCAACAAGCCGUUGCCCUGCCGGAAGUACACGGGCCAUCCACCUGAGCCGAAGGAGUCCACGUGGACGAAGAUAGCUCCAGUGAUCGAGGUUGAUAAAGAAGCCGAGCCCGUGCCCGUGCCCGUGGUAGAACGCAGAAACAUCUUCGGGUAUGCGUAUAGGGCGUCCACGGCGUCCACGGUGUCCACGGCCUCCACGGCCUCCAGUGAACCACUUUCUAGCUCAUAUCGGGCCAUCGGCAGGAAUUCCUACUCAAUGGGAUGGGAAGUGCCCAAAGAACGUCGUCGUGCUUCCUCAAAGAGCGAGCCUAAAGACAUUCCGAAAAGCCAGUCUGGGACAAGUUUGAAGGGCAUCGGGGAUGCUGAGUCCUCGACGGAAAAGUCAACCCCAAAGACUGAACCUAGAACUUCGAAGACGGACGCAAGGGCAGACGGUCAACUAGAGCCCAUCACGCAACAGAAGGGCUCCAACUCCAGAAACAGCUUGAGACCGACAGAGGGCUCAGACACUUCACAUCAAAGCGCCAAGCCGCCAACAUCAGCACCACCGAAUGGAGACGGAAGCAGCAUCAAGAAGAUACUCACGACCACCUUCUCUGCUUUCGGCAUGGCCGGCGGGGCUAAACCCGUCGCGAGCCCGGAGAGCAGACACACGGCCACCACGGCCAAAACGGCCACUUCUCCACCUUCUAGGGUCCCCUCAAUGUCCCACGAGGACAACAAGGUGAGCCCCAGCGCCAGGUCUUGGGGCUCCGCCUGGAAAGGCCUAUUUGGUAAAUUCGCAGGAAGAUCAAUGAAAGUAGAGGCCGACGAAGAUGUACGCCUUGGGGAUGACAAACCGGUCUCCAGUAUCAGGGGUAGCGCUUCAGGAACAGCUUCCAGCUCUGCGCGUCGGUCUGCCGGCGGUAACAGAGCUGUAGAGUCUAGUUCCUCCAGCUCGCCCGCACCGAACUCACACUCGUCUUCGAUCAAGCACAAGUCCUCCCCACUGCCGGACCCAAGCAGGGAGAACUCACGGCAGCAUCCCACGUUCUCUUCAGCCGAGGCUGAGGCGGAAUUCUCAGCUACGACUCGGGCAGAGAUGACCGAUAAGAGCGACGUCCGAAGCGACCACCCAAGCACGAGAGACAGCUCCAGCAGCAGCUCCAGCAAAACUAAAGGAAGCGGAUGGGGUUGGGGGCGCAGGGCCGACAAGUCCUCGCCGCUGCCGGACUCGAGCAAAGAGAACCAAUGGCAACACCGCACGUCCUCUUCAGCUAAAUCCCCAGCCAACACCCAAGCAGAGAUGACUGGCAAGAGCGACAUGCGAAGCGAUUGCGCAAGUGCGAGCAGCAGCUCCAGCAGCUCCGGAAGAACUCAAGGAAAUGUCUGGGGCAGGGGACGCAAGGACGCGAUCUCAAGCAAAGGCCACACCAACAGCAUCAGCAGCGGCAGCGGCGCCAGCACGCCACCAGACAAGGCCAAGGCCGCUUCCAGGACGAAGGGCUCUAGCUCUACCAACAAGCGCCAGCCCUCGGACAGCGACACGCCCACUUCCAGCUUCAAGACGGCGACGACCAAGAUCGCGACGACCAAGGCGGCGACGACCAAGACCUCCACCGCCUUUAGGCCGCUGAAAACGACCGUCUGCGUCGAGCCGUGCGUCUGCAUCUGCAGCGGCAACACCAGAGACGCAAAGAGGCCCACAUGGACAUUCCCCGGCGGCUUCCCUGGCGGCUUCCCUGGCGGCUUCCCUGGCGGCUUCCCCGGCGGCUUCGGCGGCGGCGCACGCAAGCUCGUCCCGUACCUGUCAUCGCUGACAACACUCGUCGGCGCGGUAGCGGGGCACGCCUGGUCGUCGUCGGCGUCAAAGACGAAGAAGCGGCUGCUGCUGCCGGUGACGUGGUGCUGGCUGUGGGUGGUGUGCUCGGAAAUGGUGCCGCUGUGGCUGCAGAGGCUGCUGAUGCGGUUUCAGCUGCGGUGGGGCAGCGGUGGUAGGGAUUACGAUGAUGAUGGUGUUGGGACGUUCAGCUUUUACGGUGACGGGUUUCUCUGGGACAGGAUCAUCAGCGCCAACAGCUGCGUCCUCAACGGUCUUGGGAUUUACGAUGAUGGCCGUGUUUCUGAUAUUGUUAGCAGCAGCAGCAGCGACGACGACAAAACUGAAACUGGUGCUGGUGAGGACGGCCAUAGCAGCGGCGACGAGAGUGUUGCCACUAUUGUGCUUGGCCCGGGCGAUGUUGGUUAUGUUGAGAAUAACAGCGGCGGCGGCGAUAACAAUAUCCCCGAGACUGACCAGGUUGGCCCUGUCGACGACAGCAGCAACAACAGCCCCAGCAGUCACGACGAGGACGAGCCUCUCCUCGACGGCGGCAGCACUGGCACUGCUGUGCUCGGCCAAGACCGACUCGGCCUCCAUGGCGAACUCGCCGGCAACUACAAUAGCGACGGUAGCAUCGUCACGGUUGUGCUUGGCGCGGUUGUGCUUGGCGCGGGCGAUACUCCUAUCAACGAGGAUGACGACGACGACGACGACGACGACGACGACGACGACGACGACGCAGGAGACGGAGACGGCCUGCCACCCCUGCCGGACAGCCCCGAGCCGACGCCCACGGACCGCCACAGCGAGUCCCCGCCCGACAGCCCCCUGCUGACGCCCACUGGAGCUGCCCACGUCUCGUCUUCUUCGUUCCUGGAGGGGGACAUCGGCGAGACGUGGUGAUUCGAGGGUGCAUUGCUCCCACGGCAGAGAACUCGAGGAGGACGGCGUUGUCCGAUGUCGUCUCCUGAGAUUAGAGUGACUGGAAUGACUGGAUUGACUAGAAUUUGUAUUUCCCUUUGCUUCAAAAUAAGAGUUUCGAGUGUGCCUAGGUAAACCGAAAGGUAGGUAGGUAAUUCGCGACUGUAAAUUGAUUCUGGAUUAAAGAGUGGUUUCGAGUGUGCCCAGGUAGACCGAAAGGUAGGUAGGUAAUUGCGCGACUGUAAA